AAGCGUCAUCGCAGCCUUCCUGAAAAGAUGACUGAUGGUCACAUGGUGCCGCACAAACAGGAAGUGAGAAGGACCGAUCCAACGCAAAGUCUGUAGUCACUCAAAAGGAAGUGUAGACAACAAUUGCUUCUCCGCUGCCAUGACGCUCCUCGUCGUCCUUUUUCGAGAGCUCAACCAGGCCACCGUUUUGCUUCUGCUGUGGGAAGCCGCUGCUGGCACCGCAGCAGCUGGUCUCCAGCGAGUAGCCUACCGGGGUGAAGCAGUUACUUUGUCCUCUGCAAGUGACCCAUCAUGGAAGCCGGUGUCCAUUAAGUGGUCCGUAUAUUUCAACGAGACUUGGAUCGCCACCUUUCACGGUGGGAAGACCAACACGGAGUGGUUUUUCCUGUUCAGGGGACGACUGAGUCUCAACACCACCACAGGUGACUUAACGAUACGUAAUGUGACCAAAGAGGACGCCAUGGACUACUCUGUGGAACUGAUAGACGUGGACAAGCGCAGCAUGGUGGCAGAGGUGACGCUGGCGGUGAGAGAACACCUCCAGGAACCAACCAUGCGGACGCUGUUUGCCGUUCACUUGGAUGGCGGCUGUUGGGUGGGACUUCGUUGUUCAUCUCAGGAUGUCGGCGUCAACCUCUCCUGGGCACUUGAACCCCCACUUGGGAACUCCUACAACAUGUUGGAGCCUGUGAGCAGGUCCGGGGUUGUUGUUGUCGUUGCGUUCCUCCAUUUCUACGAUGUUGUGCGGUUCACAUGCACCUCCAGCCGCCACGCGGAGAACAUCUCCAGCAGCCUCCAAAGGAAAUGCAACACAAGCACGGGUGUGACGGCGACAGAGCAUCGACCUCGUGAUCGAAGCGGACUCUUUGUUUUGGGCGGAAUCGUCGUUGGCCUGUUAGCCAGUAUCAUGCUAAACCAGUUAAGAGGUGAGCGCCAACACGUGUCACAUUAGCGUGCCGCUAACUCGCACAACAAAUAACGUGGGUUCCUGCCUCAUGGUGCUUGUCAUUUUCCCAAAUAUACAAAGGUGUGUCAAUAGAAGAAAACGCAACAAGAGUAAUAUUAGAAUUAAAUGUAUUUAUUUGUGUAUUUGUGUUCCAUUAUUCUCCACAAUGUAUCAUUCGGGUAUCAACAGCAGAACGUUCUAGAAGGUGUGGUCUUGCGUAGUGACGCGGGCCAGGUUGACCUUGUCAUAGAGUGUCUGCAUGCAGUCAAAGUCAUCAGUUCUGACAGAGGUGGGGGCGCCGGAUACGCCGACAGCCAUUGUUCCGUCGUCAUCGCCAACGGUCUCGUACGGCGAACUCUCCUUCGUUGGCGUCGACCUUCCCUGCACGAUGAAAAGUCGAUCAGAAAUAUCGUGACAGGUGAGCGACUCACUGUGGACUCACUUCACCGAUGUCGGCGUAGACCGUCAUUUCCUCGCAUUUCCUACCUGUGAAGACAAACAGGAAGUGAGUCAUAAACCUAAAAGACAGCGAGAUGACGCGGCAAAGGGGGUGUGUCCCACCUGCUCGUCUACGUCUGAGGUGGCAAGCGACUGACGCGAUGACGCCUGCCAUGACGAGCAGAAAAACUCCCGCCGCUAAGCUGAGCGUGAAUACAAACUUUGGCGACUCUAAAAUGAUGACAUCACCAUAAGUGACAGGUCAAAAAAAGUCGAUUGCGAUAUCGCAGCAGCAACCUGUGAUGGCGGCACGCAAGGACAUGUCAUUAGCGCACUUCACGGCAGCGGAGGCGGACGUCUCGCUCACUGCGUUGUAGAUGGUGCACGUGACCUCCAUGGCGGCGUGUCGCGGCGGGACGUUGAUGUGAUGGCGGGCGCCGCUCAGGCUUCCAUUCCGCACUUCCCACUUGUAUUCUACAAGCUCGCCAACAGGGGCGCUGCAGUCCAGUAAGACGCUGCAUGAUUGGUUGGUGGCGUUCCAGGUGGUAUUGACA